AUGACUAUGGAGGCAUCGAAUUUUGCGCUGGCGUCGCCAUCACUGGAAUCUCCUGUGAAGAAGCCCUCAACGUCAUCAUCAACUUCAUCUUCCAUCAAACUGGGUCUUUCAUCCAGGUCGCACGCCAAGUUGGCCGUUACGGAUACCCCAGAGCUGGUGAGAUUGUGCAAUCAUUACCUACAGACCAAGAAUGUGGGAGGUUUGGCCAUGAUUGCCAGACAGCGAGGUUUGCCUCCAGCGCUCCGUGCCAAGGCAUGGCCUGUUUUGUUGCGGUACCAUCCUUUUGUGAUUAACCCCUAUAUCACACCCGACUUUGAGGUGGAGCUUGAUGAGAACGACGAGACGCCAGUAUCUGAAGAUACGUCUGUGGCCAAGAUCAAGAGUGAUUUACGCAAGUACCUGAAGUCUUCCAGAGCCACUCUCGAACCAAAAAACCUCACACCUGAGCUGAGAGAGCUUUUCUCCACUCAGGAUGAGAUCUUCCAGACUAUCGAAAGGGCCAUCGUGAAGUUCAUGAAGAAAUGGGGUUCUAUUAUAAAUUACGACUCUGGUCUGGCUUGGGUUGCACUAGGGCUCGCCGAGUGGAUUCCGCCUUUGCCAGAUUCAAACUAUGUGCUCUGUGGAAGAAACGACAUCGCUAAGAAUGGAACGAAGCUAAGAAAUCUCCUCGACGACUUUUUCGAGAGACUGCCUGAAGACCAAUUGAAUAGCGUGAUAUCAACCCACUCUGUAUCCAGUUCACCCAAAUCUUCGGAUGGAUCUGUGGACGACCCCUCCUUUUUACUUCCUGAAACUGCCACCGACUACACGGUAAACGGCUCUAGUGGGUUGCGUUCUCCCUUCAGAGAAUACCCUUACAAGGUGAUGACUUUUGCAGAGAUAUACGAAAGACUGGUGUUGGUCAUUCUUCACUCACCAGAGCCACGUGAAGAAGAGACGACUGCUGGCCAGAACAAGGGCUCUCAGACCACGGAGGAGUCGUUGAUGAACACUCUGCCAAUGAAGGGAGGAUCUCCAAAUGAUCGUAUCGCGUUUUUCCUCUACUGUCUGCGAAAGUGUCUCCCCGAGUUAAACCAGUUUUUAAGCGAGGAGGACAUUCUGAACACGAACAGUCAGAAGGAUGACUGGAUUAUCUGGUGGCUCAAAUGGUGUGGUGCAAAAGCCUGGUCGCGUUAUGACCGUGGACGCGUCUGGGAUAUGCUUCUUGGUUGGAGGGAUUCUAAAUCUUUCUCGCAGGAAGACGUAUCCCGACUAGGACUCACUCCUCAAACAUCGGAGUUACUUGGUCCCGACUUCUUCUGGAAUCCUCUCUCUUUGAACAACACUUGCAGACCGUCGCUAAAGCCUCUUAUCUCGUCUCUAUCAUCUACAAACUUGUUGAGUAUGGGGUCCGGAGGGUCUCGAUCCUCUAGUGCAGACACUGAAUUGGUCCCUCCGGUUUCAGUGCUGGAUCCUCAUUUUGAACUCAUAUUCAUAUCUGUUGCGUUUCUGAAGUCGAAGGAGUUUGCACUUUUGGAACUUGAACAGAGCGAAAUACGAGAAUUUCUCAACAAAGCUUCAUCACAGACCGGUCCAAACUUUCAACACAUUCUGGAGUCCGAGUACAAAGCCAAGAUCAACGCCAAACUGGAUGCUAUGAAUGGAGUCGACCCUUCCACUGCGACACCUUCGCUGAACGAAUCGGUAGACACAUCGCAGCAUCCUCACUCAAUGACAUCCACAAACUUCAAACACAGAAAAUCUUCAAGAGACAUAGAGAACGUUAUAUACGAGGCCGGCGAGAUAUGGCGCAAAUGGCUAUGGCAGGAAACAGUUGACGAAAACAACUAA